GUUUAUCCUUUGUAAUGACAAAGCAAGUUUUUAUACACGAUUGCUUCUGUUAAUGGCCUUCUACUAGUUUUUCAGGUCAAGCAGGAAUCAAGACAAACAGGAAACUUGCCACAGAACACAGAGUCCCCUCCCUGUUGCCUUUCUCAUACCUGAGCAAAGCAAAACCCAACCAGCAGCAUUUACAGACAACUGAAAGCUGGAAGUAAAAAUGAUCUUAAACUCAACUGGAGGUUGAUUCUGAUGUUUUUUUUUGUUUUGUUUUUUUUACUUUAAAUACAGACUUUAUUUUCUGAAAACAUGAAGACUCAGAUCGUUGGUGUGUGUUUGGCAAUCCUCGGUUUUCUUGGCACCAUCCUCAUCUGUGCACUGCCCAUGUGGAAGGUGUCGGCAUUUAUACAGUCAAACAUCAUCACUGCUCAGGUGUUUUGGGAAGGCUUAUGGAUGAACUGUGUGUUCCAGAGCACGGGUCAGUCACAAUGCAAAACCUAUGACUCAGUUUUGGCUUUACCACAAGAGCUGCAAGCCUCCAGGGCUCUAAUCUGUGUGUCUAUUGCUGUCAGCGUGGUGGCCAUCGGGCUCACAGUGGUUGGAGCUCGAUGCACUUCUUUCUUUGAUUAUGACCAACUGACCAAAUCCAAUGCCGGCAUUGCAGGAGGUGUGGUGUUUAUCAUAGCAGGGAUCGUGUGUAUUAUUCCUGUCACCUGGUCGGCUUACAGCAUCAUCACAGGGUUUUAUAAUCCUGUGGCCACAACAGGAAGCCAAGGAGAGCUGGGAGCUUCUAUAUAUUUGGGAUGGGUAUCUGGAGCACUCCUCGUCAUUGGAGGAAUUACUUUGUGCACCACCUACAGAUGCUGUAGAGGAUGAGAGAACAUGCUGUAGAACAUCCAAUACAUGCUGCUGUUAACAGUUCACAAGACAAUGUGUGCACUCUCAAAGACUUUUUUGUUUUGGGCUUUGAACUUCGAUUUUCAUCAUUUUUGUCAACCUGUAAUUGCACAAUAUUGAAAUUAUACAACAAAUCAUAAUGAAAUGUGGCACAUUAAUAUAGUAAAUUGCAUGUAUAAUUAUGUAUUUUAAUAUUUUUAAAGAGCUACAAGGAAAAUGAAGUCUGUUUGAGCUGCUCUUGGAUUGUAUGUAUGUUGCAUAUGAUAAUACAAAAUGUUUACUGAAAAAAUGUCCGAUAUGCUUUGUAGAGCACAUGUUUUAAAAAAUUUAAUGAAUAGUAUUUGUUUAAGGCUCAUAAUCUUAUGCAAUAUUUGUAUUACUGCAUGUGUGAAAAAGUCUUUUUAUACUUUUAUACUUUCAGUGAAUGUCAGUGAUAGUUUUAGUGGAAGUUAGACAAAAUGAAGUAAACCAGUCAGCUACAGAAAAUAAGCUAUUACCGUUUUUUAAAAAAUUAGGUAAAAAUAGGUAUGAAUUCAGUGGUAGACUUUGUAACAUUUUUAAACUAUGUGUUCUCCAUUGUUUGUGCAUGUUGUACUCUGUAAAUAAAAAAAAAAACACCUUUGUGUAUUUGUAUCUUAACAAAAAUAAAAAAAUUCACUGUAUAUUUGUACUUUGGAUGACAAUUUAUUUUUUUUUGUCUUUUUAUUUCUAUUUUGUAAAACUGCUAAUUGCACUUAGGACUGUUCGAUAUGACGAUAUAUAUCGGAUAAUGAUAUGAAAACAUUUAUAGUUUAAUAUCAUACGCUAUCAUUUGUUUCGUGGUGUCGCAAAAUAAACUUUUUACGG